AUGGCAAAUUCUGGAAAGGGCACUUUUCAGCGGGAUUCCGAUGUCCACAUUUCAUAUGAAGACCAACAAAAAAUUAAUAAAUUUGCUCGUCUCAACGCUAAAGUAGAUGAUUUAAAAGACGAAUUAAAAGUCAAACAAAAUGACAUGAAAAACCUAGAGGAAGCUGUUGAAGAAUUAGGCUUAGCUGAUGAUUCAGAAAAAAUACCUUAUCUUGUUGGAGAAGUUUUUAUCUGCCAAAGCUUAGAAGACACAUUGCAAUCCUUAGAAGAUAAUAAAACAAAGAAACAAGAAGAAAUAGCUGAACUUGAAGCAAAAUGUGAUGAUUUAAAGUCUCAGAUGGCAGAAUUAAAGGCGCACCUGUAUGGAAAGUUUGGCAGUCACAUCAACUUAGAAAGUGAAGAGUCCUAA